AGACGAUGGUUAUUUUCCCUCCAGUUCAGAAUUUAGUGUCACUUAAAACCUACAAAUAUUUAUCUUCUUCUCUGAUACAAGUCAUUUAGAGAUUAUUGCAGGGAUUCUCGUCAGAUUCCGGGAUAUGGAUGUCACUGGGUGUGGUGUUACUGAAGCAAAGAUGAAUGAUUCAUCACAUACAUUUGUUGGUAUUGGACCUCACACCUAUGUCAACAUACAGCAGGACCUAUAAAUCUUUGCCAAGUUCUGCCUUAAUUUGUUUUAGAGGAAUGGUAUUGUUUUUCUAAAGUCACACCAGUUGAGUUUUGAUUGGUUGUGUUUUUGUCCACCAGAGUGUAUAAAAGGAUGAAACUGUAAAAUAAAAAAUCAUUAUACUUAAGCCUCUUAGCAGGUAAGCACUGUUCAUUCUGAGAUUAUUUAUGUUAGCUGUCAAAUUAAUGAAUUAUUAUUCAAAUAAUGUUGAAUUUCAAUACUUGUGUAACUAAAGAAAGAUUUCUGCCUUUCAGCCAUGGGGACUCUGUUGCUGCUUUGUGCUGUGUGGGCCAUUUUUAGCUGUCCAUCUAGCGCUGGUUGGGCAGGGAGGGAGUUUGCCCUGUCAUUCAUGCAGAAUUAUGUUCAAAACUACGACACACCUAGCUUUAAGCUAUAUAUCACUGCUGUUCAGGCCAUUGCUGAAGUGACGGUGCAGGUUCCUUCCUUAAACUUCAAGCAAAAGAAAACUCUAAAUGCUGGAGAAAGGGUCACUAUCACUCUUCCCACUACUGUUGAGAUAUGCGGCAGCAAGAAGUCUCCCAAAACAGUGCUCAUUGACUCCUCAGCAGAUGUGACCGUAUCCUCCUUCAGCUACAAGCAGUACACAGCAGACACCUCUGUGGUGUAUCCCAUCACUGAAUGGGGUACAGAAUAUUUCAUCUUUACACCUGUUGGAUCCCCCUACGGCUCAUAUAAAGAGUUCUCUGUGACAAAUGGAAAAGAGAGCAACAAAGUGGAGAUUUUCCCACAAGGUCCAAUCUGGUUCCAGGGUCAUGUCUAUGGGCCUGGCAGCCAAAUGGUAAUAGAUCUCCAGCAAUAUGAGACUCUCCAGCUCCAGAGCACGUAUGAACUUUCCGGCACCAGAGUUGCCUCCAAGCACCCUGUUGGUGUCAUCACAGGUCACACUUGCACCUGGCACUUCUCGAGAUGUAAUCAUGUUUAUGAACAGCUACUGCCAGUAAGCCGGUGGGGAUCCAGCUUCAUCGUGCCACCACUGAGCUUCCAGAAGAAAUAUGAUAGUGUCUACCUGCAGGCCUCCCAGGCCACCCGAGUCAUUGUCAGUGAUGGCAACCAUGAGGAUGUUCUGAGUUUGACCAGGGGGAAGGUGGUGGAGGUCCGCUACCACAGUCCUCAAACACUGUCCAUUCGAGCAGAUCAUGGCAUCCAAGUCCUCAUGCUCUUCAACGGUGUCAAAUUCGACUGGCGCCAUUUCAACGACCCAUUCUUGAUGACCAUCUUGCCCACAGACCGCUUCUGUUCCUCUUACUCACUAGAGGCUCUGAGCGGCUUUGAAAACCAAGCCCUGAUUGUGGCAAAGGACACUGCGAUAGCAGAGCUGCGUUUUGAUGGUACAGCCCUCCCCCGUAAUGUCCAGUGGCAAAAGGUUCCAGGGACGGAUUUCUCUUGGGUGCAGAUGUCUUACAGCCAAACCCCUGACAACGAUAGACACACACUGUCCAGUUCUGGUUCCCGCUUUGCUCUCUACAGUAUAGGAGUAAGCCAGAAGAAUGGUUAUGGUUCACCAGGGCAAUGUAUACAUACAGGGAGUGGAUCUUUGUCCUGCAGCAGUGUGACCUGCAGUGCCAAUGAGGUGUGUGAGAUGCGGGGUGAGUAUCCCACCUGCAUCCCAAAGCCUGGUACCAAGCCUGGUACCUGCUGGGCAAUGGGAGAUCCCCACUACCGUACUUUUGAUGGGCGACACUAUAACUUUAUGGGUACCUGCACAUACGUCAUUGCUAAAAAAUGUGAAAAAGAUGAUCAUCUCCCAGCCUUUGAGGUCCUUGCCCAAAAUGAGAACAGAGGAAGCCUCAGGGUGUCAUAUGUUGCCUUGGUCACUGUGAAGGUGUAUGACAUUACUAUCACAGUCGUUCGGUCUGAGACAGGUCGUGUGAGGAUUGACAACAGUCUGUGGAGUUUGCCAGUAUUCUUGAACAACAACAAACUGGUCAUGUUCCAGAGCGGUCGCUCUGUGGUCAUUGAGACUGAUUUUGGUCUGAGUGUCAGUUAUGACUGGGAACACUACCUUGUGGUCACUCUGUCUGACAGUUACGCUGGUAAGACUUGUGGUCUCUGUGGCAACUUCAAUAACAACCCCAGUGAUGAUUUCGCCACACCGUCUGGCACCCAGGCAGGUGGAGCUGUGGCCUUUGGAGGCAGCUGGAAGGUGCCAGGGCUGGUUAAAGAUCCUCUGUGCAGAGAUGACUGUGUGGGUGGCUGUGAGCGUUGUGAACACAGCCUGAUGAAGAGGUGGGAAGGUGACAUGUUUUGUGGGCUCAUCACACUUAUAACAAAUGGGCCAUUCAGCAAUUGUCAUGCUGUCAUUGACCCACAAGCAUACCUAGAGAACUGUAAAUAUGAUGUGUGCAUGGGAGGAGGCCUUCGACGUUUUCUCUGCAGGGCGUUGGAGGCUUAUGCUGAAGCCUGCCAGCUUGCUGGGAUUCAGGUUCAAGAAUGGAGGACAAUUGCACGAUGCCCUACUGAAUGUCCAGCCAACAGCCACUAUGAGCUCUGUGGUAAUGCCUGUCCUGCCACUUGUUCUGACCCCAGCGCUCCCUCCAAGUGCAAACGCCGCUGUGUGCAGACCUGCACCUGUAAUGCAGGCUUUGUUUUGAGUGGAAGUGAGUGUGUACCUGCUGCUCAGUGUGGUUGUACCUAUGAGGGUCGAUACAUUCCUGCUGGGGAGUCGUUCUGGGCAGACCAGAACUGUCAGCGAUUGUGUAAAUGCGUGCCUGGAAGCAGACGUGUGGAGUGCCAGGAUAAGGGUUGUGGGGUAGGGCAGCAGUGUCAGGUGGUUGAUGGCAUCAGAAACUGUCAAGCAGUCUCCCACAGCACCUGCCAGGCUACAGGUGACCCCCAUUAUGUGACCUUUGACAAGAAGAAGUUUGACUUCCAGGGCACAUGUGUGUACCAGCUGGUUGCACUCUGCUCCAAGAACCCAGAGUUGGUGCCCUUCGAAGUGCUGGUGCAGAAUGAUCAUCGGGGUAGCAAAGUGGUUUCCUACACCAAGUUAGUGGAGAUCAAGGUGCACUCGCUCAGCAUUGUCAUUACAAAGACACACAAGGGCAUGAUUAUGGUGAACAAUGAGCUGGUCAACCUGCCUGUUACCCUGGAUGGAGAGCAGAUAUCUGUGUUUAAGAGCGGCUGGUAUGCUGUGGUCACCACAGCUUUUGGCCUCAAAGUCAGCUUCAACUGGGAAAAUGCUGUAUUUGUAACACUGCCAAGCAACUACAUGGGAGCCGUUUGUGGGCUCUGUGGCAACUACAAUGGCAAACCUCAGGAUGACCUUACUCCAGAGAGUGGUGGCAAACCUGUCUCUCCAGCAGAGUUUGGUUCCAGCUGGCGAGUGGCCGAGAUCCCAGGCUGUGUCGAGGGCUGUAAAGGAGUGUGUCCUUCUUGUGACAUUACCCAGAAGGUUCAAUAUGAAAAAGGAGAUUUCUGUGGCAUGUUGAGCGACCCCAAAGGGCCGUUCCGUGACUGCCACGGUGUGGUGGACCCAACUAUCUUCUUUGAAGACUGUGUUUAUGAUGUAUGCCUGUAUAAGGGCAGGAGGGAUGUACUGUGUCAGGCUAUCACAUCAUACACGUCUGCCUGCCAUGCUGUGGGGGCCAAGGUGUACAGCUGGAGAACCAGUCAGUUCUGUGCGGUGAAAUGUCCAAUCCACAGCCACUAUGAAAUUUGUGCAACUGCCUGUCCUGCUUCCUGCAAGAGUCUGGCCCCUCCUCAGCAUUGCCAAGCUCAUUGUGAGGAGGGCUGUACCUGUGAUGAGGGGUACAUCCUCAGUGGAGAUUUCUGUGUUCCCUUCUCACAGUGCGGUUGCCUCUACAGAGACCGCUACUACCGCCUCGGCCAGGUGUUUUAUGCCAAUGGACAGUGUCAGGAGGAAUGCAAGUGCACAGAAGAUGGAGAGGUUAAGUGCAAGAAGUUCACAUGUGGUCCAAAUGAGAAGUGUAAAAUAGAGGAUGGUGUCCAAAAGUGUCACCCUGUUGGUAAGGGAGUGUGCCAUGCAUCUGGUGACCCCCAUUAUCGCUCCUUUGAUGGGCUAACAUUUGAUUUCCAGGGCACCUGCACCUACAUACUUUCCAAGAGUUGUGGGCUGGAAGGCACCCACCUGGAGGCCUUCUCUGUUCAGGUGGAGAAUGUGCAGUGGGACCAGAUGUUGAAGAAUAAAGUGGUGUCUGUCACCAAGCUGGUUGCUGUGGAGGUCUAUGGCUUCACUCUCAUCAUGAAGAACAACAUGUUUGGAGUCCUGGUUAAUGGAGUGUUUAACUAUCUUCCUGUGAAUCUAAAUGAUGGAGCAGUGCAGGUCUAUCAGGAGGGCAUGCGUUAUGCUGUUGCAACAGAUUUUGGUCUGCUUGUCACUUAUGACCUGGUCUAUCAUGUGACAGUCACAGUGCCCGGUAAUUACCGUGAUAAGGUCUGUGGCCUGUGUGGCAACUUCAACAGCAACCAAAAAGAUGACUUCCAAAUGCCAAACCAUCAGCUCACCAAAAAUGUGAACGUCUUUGGAAAGUCAUGGAAGGUCACCAUCCCAAAUGUGGUGUGUGGAGAUGGCUGUGUAGGGAAUAGCUGUCCUAGCUGUGACCCAGCUCACAACGCUGUGUUUUCAAAGUCCACUUACUGUGGCAUUGUUACAGCACCCAAUGGUCCUUUUGCAGUCUGCCAUAGUAAACUGAACCCACAGUCAUACUUUGAUGACUGUGUGUUUGAUCUGUGUGCUUCCAAUGGCAAUGGAAGAGUGCUGUGCAAUAGCAUAGCAGCCUAUGCCUUCAACUGUCACAUGGCAGGAGUGGAUGUCAAGAACUGGAGAACAGCUUCAUUCUGUCCCAUGAAAUGCCCAGCUAACAGUCACUAUGAGGUGUGUGCAGAUCCAUGCUCUGCAUCCUGCCAGGGCCUCACAGAGAUUGUCCAGUGCUCCAACAGCUGUACAGAAGGAUGUGAAUGUGAUGAUGGCUUCUUAUUCAAUGGACAUGCAUGUGUUCAAGAGACAGAGUGUGGCUGCUAUGACAAUGGAAAAACUUACAAGCCUGGAGAAGUGGUGUAUGAGAAUGACUGUGACACAAAAUGCACUUGUAAUCCAGCGACAGGCCUUGUCUGUGAAAAGCAUUCCUGCCCUGAAAGCACCAAAUGCAUGAUCAAGAAAGGAAUUAGGGCAUGUUACAACACAGAUCCCUGCAAAGAUGCCAAGUGUCGGGUCAAGGAGAAAUGUCGAGUUGAGAAGGGUGAAGCUGUGUGCGUCCCCGAGUACACAGGCAUCUGCUGGGCCUGGGGUGACCCCCACUACCACACAUUUGAUGGUUACAAUUAUGACUUCCAGGGCACCUGCAAGUAUGUCAUCUCCAAGACCUGCGGGAAUCUGGAUGGUCUGGUGCCAUUCUCCAUCACUGAGAGGAAUGAUAACCGUGGAAACACAGCAGUUUCUUACGUCAGAGAGGUAGAUGUGUCUGUGUACGGGUACACCAUCACCAUCCUCAAGAACCAAGUCGGUCGAGUCACGGUGGACGGGGAGCUGCUGAAUCUUCCACUGAGACUGGGCGAGGGUGAGGUGUCUGUUUUUCAGCAUGGUCACACUGCAGUGGUGGAGACAAACUUUGGCCUGUUUGUCUCCUAUGAUUGGAACUGGCAUUUGGUCAUCAAGUUGCCCAGCAGCUACUAUGGCAGUGUCUGUGGUCUGUGUGGCAACUUCAACGGUAACAACCAUGAUGAACUCCAGAAUCCAGCCGGUAAAGCCGUCUCUUCAGUGGUAGAAUGGGGUAAGAGCUGGCAAACGCCUGACCAGGACAAGGACCAUCCUUGCUGGGACACAUGUGAGAAAAACUGCCCUACCUGUGACAAUAGCCAGCUUAAGCUCUAUAAGACUGAGGAUUUCUGUGGGGCUCUUGGAGCCAAGACCAAUAGUGUGUUCCAGAAAUGUCAUGGAAAAUUGGACCCCCAGGCCUUCGUGGACAGCUGUGUGUAUGAUAUGUGUAUGAAUAAGGGAGACAAAAAGAUGCUGUGCCAGGCUUUGGCCUCCUACAGUAAGCAAUGCAAUGAGGAAGGAAUAAUAAUCAAGGGCUGGAGGAAAAAGUUUGGCUGCCCAAUGAAUUGUCAGCGUCACAGCCACUAUGAAGACUGUGCCAGUCCAUGCCAGCCAUCCUGUCCAUUUCCAGAGGAAAAGCAGACCUGCAACAGUGCCUGUGUGGAGACCUGUGUGUGUGAUAAGGGUUACGCCCUCAGUGCUGGUGUCUGUGUGCCUGCUAAAUCAUGUGGUUGCUCCUAUCAGGGCCGCUACUACAAGCCAGGCCAGCGCUUUUGGGCUGAUGAGGCUUGCGGUCGUCUCUGUGAGUGUGAUUCAACCCUGGGCAUGGUGACUUGUCGCGAGGCUUCUUGCUCUGCCAACGAGAGGUGCACCAUAGUGGAUGGAGAACGGGGCUGCAGACCCAUCAGCCACGCCACAUGCUCAGCCUCGGGUGACCCACACUACCGGACUUUUGAUGGCCGCAAGUAUGACUUCCAGGGUUCAUGUGUAUAUCAGCUGGUGGGGCUGUGCUCUGAGCAGUCCGGACUUGUGCCUUUCAAGGUGACUGUGCAGAAUGACCACCGAGGAAGCAAGGCCGUGUCCUACACGAGGACUGUCAGUUUUUCCAUAUAUGGCAUCAUCCUCACCAUCAGCCGAGAAUACCCCUACAAGGUUCUGCUCAACGGGCAGCUUGCAUCAUUACCGCUGGAUUUCAAUAAUGAGCUGGUGGUGUUUCUCAGUGGAUGGACAGCUGUAGUGGAGACAGUUGCUGGUAUCACUGUGACCUUUGACUGGCGAAGCACAGUGAGCGUUACUCUGCCUAGCAACUACCAGGGCGCAGUCUGCGGUCUGUGUGGUAACUACAAUGGAAAAGCCCAGGAUGACCUGACCAUGCCAAACGGCCAGACCACCAAUAAUGCAGCUAAGCUGGGGGAGAGCUGGCAAGUAGCCCUCGUACCAGGCUGUUCAUCAGUCUGCCAGGGGGCAUGGUGCCAGGCCUGUUCAGACUCCCAGAUGAAAGAGUACCAAGGCCAGAAGUACUGUGGCAUUAUUGCUGACAAGGCAGGGCCUUUCAGAGAUUGUCACAAGCAUGUGGACCCUGCACCUUACCUGGAGGACUGUGUGUAUGAUGCCUGUAAUUAUCAUGGCCACCGUGGCACAGUCUGUGAUGCUGUGGGAAUAUAUGUCUCUGCCUGUCAGAGCCUUGGAAUCACCAUACACUCCUGGCGAAGAGAUAACUUUUGUCCAAUGGUGUGUCCAGCUAACAGCCAUUAUACCUUGUGUGCCACUGGUUGCCCAGCCACCUGUGCCAGCUUAACCUCUGUUGCCACAUGCCACAGGCCCUGUACAGAGGCCUGUGAGUGUGAUGAGGGCUACCUGCUGAGUGGGGGUACCUGCGUACCUGUGAGAGACUGUGGCUGCUCCUACGAUGGUCAAUACUAUAGGAAAGGAGACGCCUUCUACCCUGAAAAUGAGUGUGUGGAGCAAUGCAUUUGUGGGGAAAAUGGCGCGGUGUCUUGCCAAAAGGCCAAGUGUCGUCCAGGGGAGACCUGUAAGAUUGUAAAUGGAAUGAAAGGUUGUCACCCUCAGGGCUACGGCAAGUGUGUGGCUUCUGGUGACCCUCACUAUAUUUCCUUUGAUGGACGGAGGUUUGAUUUCCAGGGUACCUGUGUCUAUGUAUUGGCCAAGGUUUGUGAUGGUGACAAAGGCUAUCUGAUGCCAUUCACUGUGACUCAGGGGAAUGAGAAGUACGGAAAUGGCAAAGUGGCCGUUACCAAGUCCGUUGCAGUGGCAGUCUAUGGUUAUGUCAUUUACAUCCAGCAGGGAAUGCCAUGGAAAGUCACUGUGGAUGAUGAACUUCUAAACCUUCCUCUCUCCCUGGACAAUGGCCGUCUGAGAGUCACCCAGGAAGGUCGCAACAUAAUUGUCCGGACAGACUUUGGACUGACAGUCCUGUACGACACUGUCUAUUAUGUUGAGGUGAUUGUGCCUUCUACGUACCAGGGUAAAAUGCGUGGUCUGUGCGGCAACUACAACCAGAAAGGUGGUGAUGACUUCAGACUUCCCAGUGGCAGACAAACCAACAACGUCGAUGACUUUGGGAAGGCGUGGGUGAUGGACCUGCCGGGCCAUGUGUGUGGGGGCUGUGGAGGACAGUGUCCUGUAUGUGAGCAGGCCAAGGCCAACUUGUAUGGAAAACCGGAUUCCUGUGGCAUCAUGAGUGCACCUAAUGGACCUUUCAAAGCCUGCCACAGUAAAAUUGACCCAGCAGUAUAUGUGUCUGAUUGCGUGUUUGACGUUUGUGCUGUGGGUGGCAGCAAAGACACUCUGUGUAACAGUGUUCAGGCCUAUGCUCUGGCCUGCCAGAGUGCAGGAGUACAAAUACAGCCAUGGAGGAGCAGCUCCUUCUGCCCUGCUUUCUGCCCUGCACGCAGUCAUUAUGAGUUGUGUGCCGACACCUGCAGUGGGACCUGUGCUAGCUUUAUUUACCCAAUUACUUGUUCUGAAAGCUGUUUUGAAGGAUGCCAGUGUGAUGAUGGCUUUGUUUUUGAUGGCAUCCAGUGUGUUCCCUUGGACAACUGUGGGUGUGUGCAUGCUGGCAGAUAUCUGACGGUGGGUCAAGCAGUGGUGGACAAAGACUGUAAAUCCAAGUGUGUCUGCCAGACCUCUGGGCUGGUGAAGUGCGAAAACCUGUCCUGUGCCAGUGAAGAGGUUUGUAGUGUAAGAGACGGGGUCAGAGGUUGCCACGUCAAACAGGGCUACUGCAGUGUCAGCCACGUUGGUCACCUCACCUCCUUUGAUGGCCUGUCUGGAGCAAUAGGCACUAAAGGGGCAUUUGAAGUGGCCUCUCUGUGUGAUGAGACAGCUAAGCUGUGGUUCCGUGUGGUUGUGGACGUCAGGGUCUGCAGUAAAGGUGCGUCUCCUGCUGUCGCCACUGUGUACGUGUUCUUCAAGGAAACCACCGUCGCAGUGAACAGCCAGCACGUGACCUGGGUAAAUGGCAGGAAAGUGUCUCUUCCCAGCAAAGUGACAAGUGAUUUAUCUGUCCAAAUCUCAGAGAGGACUGUCAUCAUCGAGAGGGCAUCUGCUGUGCGGGUCACAUACUCAAUUUCACAGGAGGUCACCAUCAUUAUUGACAGUAGCCUGUCCGGUAAAAUGUGUGGGGCCUGUGGCAACUACAACAACAACUCCAAAGAUGAUAUGAAGACUGCAGAUGGGAAAAUCACCACUGAUGUGUCUGCGAUUGUUGACUCCUGGAGCGCUGGGGACUUUUCUAGGUGUGGCCUGUAGAAAUGCUGGUUUUGCGGCGAUAGGAAGCAUCUGGUGUACAGGAAAAAAACUGAAGUUCAUUCCUCUCAAAACUACAAACUGACGUUUCCUCAUGAAUGAAACAGCUGCACAAAAUGGCUUACAUCCCUGCUUUUUACCCCCAUUAAACAGGAUGAAGAAGAAUGUAAAGUUGUUGGGCUAAAAGUGCUUGUUUACAGCCAGUCUUACUCAUCACACUUCAGUACUUCCUCUUGAUUCAUGAAAGGGUUUUGGUUGUUUACUGGCAGUCUGCUCCUCUAUUGUUUAGCUUGGAGCAGUAGAAAAAAAUCUGCUUCAUUCUUGACCAACAUCUCCAUCUAGAGGAGUUGGAAAUUAUAGCAUCUAUUCUUUUACUGUACCUGUCCUAUUACAUUUGGCUAGUUUUAAAAGAGUGUGUGCUUUUUGUGUGCUCCUUUUCUGCUCUGACCAAUAAAUAUACUUUAAUCACAGUGUGGUAGUUAAUUGUAC